AGAGAUUGUGACGCUUCGCGCAUUGUAGUGGAGGGGCGGUGACCAACAGCCAUCAGACGGACAUGGAGGUGCAGAGGAAGCUGUUGAACUCCCCGGAGUGUUGUGUGGACGAGGCGCUGUCGGGGAUCGUCAGCUGCAACGGAGGGCUGGUUCUGCUCCGGGGCCACAGGGUCGUGCUGCGCUCGGACCUCGGGGCCCUAAAGGGCCAUGUAGCCCUGCUGUCGGGAGGAGGGUCUGGACACGAGCCCGCCCAUGCAGGUUACAUGGGCGGGGCUCUGUGUUUCCUGCUCUCAGGUUACGUGGGCGCGGGGAUGCUGUCGGGCGCUGUGGCGGGGGGUGUGUUCGCGUCCCCUCCCCCGGGCAGCGUGCUGGCAGGCAUCCUCACUCUGUGGCAGGCGGGAGUCUCCGGGGUGCUGCUCAUCGUGAAGAACUACACCGGGGACCGCCUGAACUUCGGGCUGGCGCUGGAGCAGGCACGCGCCCGGGGCGUGCGCAUCGCCAUGGUGAUCGUCGCGGAUGACUGCGCCUUCACCCACCUCAGCAAGGCUGGGAGGCGGGGCCUUUGUGGCACCGUGCUGGUUCACAAGCUGGCUGGGGCCAUGGCUGAAAGGGGUUGUUCUUUGGAUGAGAUUGUCGCCAAGGUGACAGAAGCAACUAAAGGCAUUGGGACUCUGGGUGUCAGUCUGUCUCCCUGCAGUGUCCCUGGCUGCCUGCCUACCUUCCAGCUACCCCCUGGAGAGAUGGAGAUGGGCCUGGGAAUCCAUGGAGAGCCGGGCAUUAAGAGGUCAAAGGUGGCCUCUGCAGAUGAGGUGGUGAAGUCCAUGAUUGAUCACAUGACUGACCCCUCCAGCCAAUCACAUCUUUCGCUGAAAUCGGGGGACAGUGUGGUGCUCUGUGUGAAUAACCUGGGUGCCCUGUCCUGCCUGGAGAUGGCUGUGGUCAGCAGGGCUGCCAUCAGCUGCCUAGAGGCCCGAGGCGUGCAGGUGGCGAGGGUGAUGUCCGGCUCCUUCAUGACCUCGCUGGAGAUGGCUGGCAUGUCUCUGACGCUCAUGCGCACGGACAAGGAGACGCUGGUGCUUUUCGAUGCUAAAACCACAGCCCCUGCCUGGCCUAACCUCAGCACGGCUGUGCUGAGUGGGCGAAACUGCAGCGUAGCACCGCCCGAGAGCGCCUCGGCGUCGGAGGAAGCCGCAGACCAGGAAGGUCCCCUCAGUGAUGUGAUGCGGAAGGUUCUGGAGGAGAUAUGUGCCAGCCUGCUGAAGCAGCAGGAGGAACUAAACGCUCUGGACCGAGCAGCCGGGGAUGGGGAUUGUGGGAACACACAUGCACUGGCUGCUCAUGCCAUUCAGGAGUGGCUGAAUAGUCAUGUGGUCCCUGGUUGUCCAGGGCAAUUGCUGUCUUCUCUCGCAGUAUUGGUGCAGGAGCGCAUGGGCGGGUCUUCAGGGGCGCUCUACAGUCUCUUCCUGACUGCCGCUGCACUUCCUCUGAGGGGAUACAGUCACCCUGCAGCCUGGGCUGAAGCAGUGCAUGCUGGGACAGAGGCCAUGCGCAGGUAUGGAGGUGCGGAGCCUGGUGACAGGACCAUGCUCGAUGCCCUGUGUCCAGCAGUGGAGGAACUGAAGAGGCUCUCGUCAGCGCCCUCUGGUGGAACGAUGGCAGUGCUUCAGAAAGCCGUGGAGAAAGCGGAGCAAGGGGCGGAGUCCACGCGUGACCUCACAGCAAAGGCGGGAAGGGCCAGCUACAUUGCAGCUGAACGCGUGACUCUGCCUGACCCUGGCGCCGUGGCGGUAGCCACAAUGCUGAGGUCGGUGUAUGUGGCCCUUGGAGGCAGCAAGUAAUGACACAGGUGAUGUCAGCAUUGGAGCUCACCCCAGCCAAUGGGAGCCCUCGCACUACAGUAAUAGGGGUGUGCCUUUGGACAGGAUACUGUUGUAUCCUUGGACAAGCUCCUUAAAUGAAAUGCCGCAGUUAAAAAAAUCAUGCGUAUGAACUGAUUAAGUUUAGGAUACGUAGUGAGUUACACCCGAGGUGAGACAUGAACAAAGAAAUUAAUAAUGUGAUGUCAUGCAAUGAUGUCAUGAUGUGAAGCGUGUUAACAUGCUGAAAGGGAACCAUGCUAGCUGUGAAAGCAGUCCCCAUAUAUUCUAACACUAGCAGUAGCUAACUACUGGACUAACAUGUACUUCAUGCACCUGAAACUGUGAAAAUUAACAUGUAAUUUUUUUUUAAACUAAUAAAUGAAUUUCA